CCCGGACAUAAACCGCAGCCAGCUGAUCGAGGAAACACCACACGCAAGGCAGAAAAUUUCCCGACUUUCUUAUCAAUUCUCGCUCUUUUCUUUGAUUUUGUGGCUGUCACGUUAUCAGUGUGACACCAGUUGGCAGAAGAGGAGAGCAGAGCCAAAGUAACAGCAGGUGUUACAAGAGGAAAAGAGAGAUAAAGUCACUCUCAGUUGCAAAUACCAAAAGCUCUACAGGAUGGGGGAGGGAGUGGAGCCCAUAUACGUGGACCUUGCCUCCGAGAGUGACGAUCCACACGUCACCAUAAUUGAAAGCCUCUGUCUCCGUUGCCAAGAAAUGGGAACCACCCGUCUGCUGAUGACCCGAAUCCCGCACUUCCGCGAGGUGAUCUUAACCUCCUUCGACUGCUCCCACUGUGGCCACCACAACACAGGCUUCCAACCGGGCCGCGUGCAAGAGUUGGGGGUGCGCUACGAGCUGGCCAUAAAGGAGGCACGGGACCUGAGUCGUCAGGUGGUCAAGUCAGACCAUGCCACCUUCAGCAUCCCCGAGGUGGAGCUGGAAAUCCCAGGAGAUAGCGAGAAGGGAGAGGUGACCACAGUGGAAGGGAUCAUCCGCCGCACGAUUGAAGGGCUUAACCAGGAUCAGUCUGCCAGAAGGCUGAUUAAUCCCGAAAUUGCAGAACAGAUUGAGAUCUUUAUGGAUAAGCUAACUUCCCUCCUGUCACUUGAGGAGCCCUUCACGAUAGUUGUGGACGACACCACAGGCAACAGCUUUGUGGAGAACCCCUUUGCCCCCAAACCAGACCCGGAGCUAAAGAAAAAGAAUUACAGAAGAACGGCCGAGCAGAACAUGGCUCUCGGCCUACAGGAAGUGGAAACUGAGCUGACAGCCGUCCAGGAAGCUGAGGAAGAAGAGGAGAAGGAAGAGGAGGAAGGAAAUGGAGAGGGAGAAGGAGAGGAAGGCAAGGAAGAGGAAGAGAAAGAAGACAUCAAGAAUGAAGUGUUGAGCUUUUCUACGUUGUGCGAUCGGUGUUCAAAGCCCGUCGAGACCAAGAUGAAGGUCACGCAGAUUCCAUACUUUCAGGAGGUUAUCAUCAUGGCCACCCACUGCGAGAGCUGUGGGAACCGCACGAACGAGGUCAAGAGUGGCAGCGGCAUCCACGAGAAGGGCAAGAAGAUCAGCCUGAAGAUCACCGACCCGACCGACUUGGCCCGCGACGUCCUCAAGACCGAGACGUGCACCGUGGAGAUCCCCGAGCUCGACCUCUACAUUGGAAGUGGAAUCCUCGGUGGGAAGUUCACCACCCUGGAGGGCCUGGUGACAGACAUCCGCGAGGACCUCAAGAGCAACCCCUUCCUCUCAGGAGACUCCUCCCAGAGUGAACGCAGGGCCGUGAUGGAGAAGCUUACAGACGACUUGACUUCGGUCAUAAAUGGAGAACUCCUGGUAACAAUCACCAUGGACGACCCGGCCGGCAACAGCUACUUGCAGAAUGUCUAUGCCCCUGAUGAUGACCCAGAGAUGACAAUUGAGGAAUAUGAGCGCACCUUCGACCAGAAUGAAACCCUGGGACUGAAUGACAUGAAAACGGAGAACUACGAAGAGGAGAUAGUCGAGUCCAAGGCAGUGGUAGCAUGAUCGUCAAUCCCUGUCUAGCACUGUUUAUUGUCGUCUUUGUUGUUAUUUAUAGCAAUAGUUAUGAUAAUUGGUGAUGAUGCUUAUGCAGAGCUAUUUAAGAUGUAAAUAUGAAAGGCAAGGAGUCUUAUAUUCUCAAUAUAAAUAAUUGUUUGUUACAAUUUUGUGUUGGUGAAAGGAGAGAGAGAGAAAAAAAGAAAAAGAAAAAAAGAAAACAGCCAUCUUUUCAUUACUUCUUUGAAUUGCUGAUUUAAUGGAUUAGGUCAAACAGAUUAUAACAUGUAGGCAAAGUAAAAGUUCUCUACGACAAAUACGUGUACCUCUGGGAUAUACUUUCGGGCCAGACUUGUACUGAUGUCCUCGUCUUACUUAGUGUAGCAUUAACUCGCAUUCCAGACUUAGUCUCACAUACGCUACUGUAUAGAGCCAUAUUAAAAGUUAUGUUGUGAAAGUCUACAUACAUGUAUGAAAUUUGAAAAAGUUGAUUGUGUGUGAUGAGAUUAAAAAAAAAAAAAGAAAAAAAAAAGAGAGAUGAAAAUAAUGCCUAUGUUUAAUAUAAAGAACAGUCUUUUGACCGUGAAUAUCUUCUGUAACUUUUAUACAAGUAUUUAACCUCUCAAAGUCCACUCUUUGUUUUUGAAAAAAAAUCUGUCUAUUCUUUAUUUACAUGUCAUAGUGCUCAUACACCAACAGAUAGCAUAGGAAAUAAUUCGAUUAAAUAAAAAAAAUAAAACAUGAAAAUAGGAUAAGCAGACUAUAUAGAGCAGGAGAAGAAAACUUAAGGGUAUUUCAGGAAAGUAAGUACAAAUUUUUUUUGCAACAGAUUUGCUAAAUAGUUUUAUUUCUUUUUUUAUGAACUUUUUGUCUUCUUUCUUUCAUUCUUUCCUACCUGAAGAAAAGAAACAAAUUGGAGGUUCUACAAGGGUAUAGGAACACUUACCUUUGAAAGUGUCAUUCUUUGUUGCAUUGUCGUUGACAUUGCUGUGUCGGGAAAAUCCUUACAAAAACAAUGGACAUUUACCGUUCAACUGGAUAUUUUGAACUUAUUGAUUAUUAUUAUUUCUCUGAGGUGAUAACAGACCUAAGUUCCAAAGAGUGGUCGGGGAAAGUCCUUCUCAUCCGUCAUUGGGUCAUAGCGACUUUGUCUCAUUUUCACGUUCCAUCUCACCAUUAGGGAUUGUGGAGGCUGGGCUCCCCUUUCAGGAGGCUGGAGUUAGAAUAAAUUAAUAGAGGAAUAUGAA